AUGAUUGAAGACGAGUAUGCUCCUGCCUUUGCACCGUUCCUAGGCUUUGCGGGCUGUACUGCAGCAAUGGUGUUUUCAUGCCUGGGGGCUGCCAUUGGUACUGCCAAAUCAGGUAUUGGUAUUUCAGGUAUUGGUACGUUCAAGCCAGAGCUCAUUAUGCGUUCCCUCAUCCCCGUGGUCAUGUCGGGUAUCCUAUCCGUGUACGGGCUUGUUGUGGCGGUGUUGAUUGCUGGUGGGUUGGCGCCAGAUGGGAAAUACACCCUUUUCAAUGGGUUUAUGCACUUGAGUUGCGGCUUGAGUGUAGGUUUGGCAUGUUUAGCCAGCGGCUAUUCUAUUGGAAUUGUUGGCGAUGAAGGUGUCCGUCAGUUCAUGCACCAGCCACGUCUAUUUGUUGGUAUAGUUCUUAUUCUCAUUUUCGCUGAAGUUUUGGGAUUGUACGGCAUGAUUAUUGGCUUGAUUUUAAACACAAAGGCAAACUCUUGA